CCAUUUUCCCAUCAUUUUUCCCUUUAAUCUAAUGGAUCUUCUCUUACUCUUCUCCCAAUGUCCACCACUCCCUCCUACGUCUACGGCGGCCCACCACCACCUCUAACCACCAAUACGCUCAUCGAGAGCCUCAAUAAAAUCGGCCUCGGCUACGCAAUUGCAAUUGCCCUAGCCUUCCUCUUCCUCCUAUCCACUCUCCUCCUUUCCUCUUACCUCUGCUGCCGCUCCACCGCCUAUCGCCGCCGUCAAUCCCAAUCCCAAACCCGAAACCCGAACACCGGAAUUUACAUUCCGAGUGUAAUUUUCAUUGCUGAGGAAGACGAAAACGACGACGUUUCAUCUCAAAAUACAUUCGCGGGCCUUGAUCAAGCUGUAAUCAAUUCGUACCCUAAACUGAUUUACUCGAAGAGAAACGGAAAUUUGGGAACCGGAAACGACGUCGUUUGUUCGAUUUGUUUGUGCGAUUACAAGGAAGCGGAGAUGUUACGGAUGUUACCUGAGUGUAAGCAUUAUUUUCAUGUGAUGUGUAUAGAUGCGUGGCUGAAAUUGAAUGCUUCGUGUCCAGUCUGCCGGAACUCUCCAUUGCCGACGCCGAUGUCGACGCCGUUGUCGGAGGUGGUCCCACUUUCACAAUAUUCCGAUGGUCGGAGAAGACAUUGAUCACUGAAGAAUUUAUUUUAAAUGUUAGUUUUUACCCUUAUUUUUAUAUUUGAAAUUGGAAUUUUUGUUGAAUAUAUAUGCAGGAAGUUGU